GGAUCCGCUCUCUCCCCCUUGCCAACCAGGAAAGCUUUGUUUGACUGAUCAAUGUUUGUAUGUGGCACCGAGUCCAGAUGCAUUUAAGAGGCGAGGUGUGAGGAGAAUUUCGGUGGAAUUGUUUUCCAUCGACGGACCAUGAUGACAGGACAAGAACCAACAUGAAUGAAAGGAUUAAAAAGCCCCCCCACCCCUUAAUUACCUCCUCUUCUUAAAAGCACCAUAUUGAAAUUCACAACACUGGGCGCAUACGGGAUCAUCGCCUUCCCAGUUCCCUUCAAUGGAAUCAGACAGUGUGAUUGCGGUGCGGUGAGCAGCAUAAAUCGCUCAGUCCACCCACGCUGUGUCAGUCUCUUAAACUCUGCCUGAACCUGCUGCAGGGAAAGCGCUCUCUGACGCUCAUAUUUUUUUUUCAGUCAUACAGUAAGUGUGCGCACACUGAUGGCGAAGAAAUCCUGGCUGACUCAACAAGCGACAGUGAUGCUGCUCCUGAUGACCUGGAGGGAGAGCACGCACUGCGAUGGAUUUACAGUGGAGCCCCCCGAGGACCUUAUGAUAGUAGACCCUGGUCAUCUUGGACACCUCGAGAUCACAUGGAGCGUCCCAGCCAGCUUGAUUAACAGGACCGAGUGUCCCAAAAUGUAUCAACUGGAGUACUUCAACACAUACAGAGACACUUGGACUGCUAUCAGGACGGCUCGGCGGACAUACAGCGCUCAGUUUGAUUUGAUGAAAGAUGUCAGAGUGAGAGUGUACACCCUGCUGAGUGGACCCUGCACCAACAGCACCAUGAUCAAGAGUGCAAACUACACUGAGCUGGUCCAGAAGCCUCCCGGCACAGGUGUUGUGGGUACAGCAGUCCAGAAUGUUGUCUGUGUUUACUAUAACAUGAAGUACAUGGAAUGUACAUGGGAGAGAAGCGCAAAGAUGCCGGCCAAGUCGCAGCAGUAUCUAUAUUUCUGGCACAAGGAACUGGGGCAGGCGGAAGAAUGCCCGAAAUACAUCAUCUCGAGCGGAGUCAGGAACGGAUGCAACUUCACAGAGAUAGCUCUCCCUGAUUUCACAGAUAUCAACUUCUGUAUAAAUGGCUCCUCUCCUGAAGGGCCCCUGGAACCAACAUUCAUCUCCCUGCAAAUCCAAAACCAUGUGAAGCCUGGAACUACGGAGAAGCUGCACCUGCAAACAGGUCCAGGCACGCAGGUGAAGCUCCACUGGGACCGUCCUGUUGGCAGGGUUCCUGGACACUGCCUUGAAUGGGAGGUGGAACACAAUCAAGAGGGACCGGAUGGAAAAAUUGCAACGGCGCAGAUUUUAACCAAAGAGACGAGCUUAACGCUGCCCUCCACCCACGACGGAGAGAGGAACUGCUUCAGGGUUCGGUCCACAUUGCAAAAGUAUUGUGCAGACAGGGGCUUUUGGAGUGAGUGGAGUCGUCCGACAUGCCUGCCAGAAAAGAAAGAAGUCACACCUGAUCCAGAAUGGGACAUGGUACCAGUCUAUGUGUAUAUCGCUGUUGGCAUCAUUGCCAUACUGGUGCUGUUGCUGUGUGUGGGAGCAGUGCAUAAAGUGGGGAGAUGGAGGCAAGUGAAGAAGCCGAACUCUCUGCUCACCACCCUGUUUGCCAGAAAUCCAGUUCUCAUGGUGGCGGAGGCCUGAAAAGACAAGAAAACCUGCAGCUACGGCGCUGCUGCACUCCGCCUCUCUCAUUUUUCAGGGUUUCUCUCGAAGACGCCGUGCCUCAGCCGUCGCCUGAGGCUCAUAACCACUGCUAACACACUACUGAAGAUAUAACAUUAUAGGCUGAAAGUUACAGUGGGAUAUUUACAAAGAAUUCUCAACAGUAUUACACAACGGCAACAUCCUGUGCUACGCUUGCCUUUUUUAGUUUACAUUUUUAUACAAAUGCUUGAAUUAAUAUGAAUUAGUCCAAGAUGUCAUGUUAACUGAAAAUGUUCUGUUAUGCGGAAAAAAAAACAUUGUUCACGACUGUUUCUUUUGGUUGGUUGUUUACUUGCCGGCUGAUUUAGUCAGUAGAGAUUACUCUGCAGAUGUUGUGUUCAGUGUUGUGGGAAUUUGUUUUGGUGUUUGCCUGUUUGCCAGAUCUCAUGCCAACUGAUUGAGCCCUCUUCGUGUGGACAAACAACUCCUUUAAUGAUUUCAGUUUGAUGUUUUUUUGUUUAGUUGUUCACUUUUUGCCUCAACUCUUGCCAAUGAGCUCACUCAACAAAGCUUUUAAUAAGAUGUUGAAACCCAGUAUAAAGGGCUAAUUCAUGUGAAAUGGAUUUUAUUGCACACUUCAAGCCAGUGAAGUCUUUCAUCACCUACAGAAUUUACAAUGCAAUGCAGUGGGAUUUCUUUUUAAAUGUGUUAAUACAGAAGAAAUAAGUGUGUCAGAGGUCUUCCAUGCCACAGAUCCUUGCCAGUUUUGCCUUGAAAUGUUGUUCAUCAUGACUGCAAAACGAUUCUGUAACCUUUAAAGCAUUUUUUGUUCAAAAUAUGCCAAAAUGCCUCAAUUAUGUCAAAUAUUACACCAAAUGUACCCUUUGACGUUUGCACAUUUAUUACAAAUGGUUGUCAGUCAGAUCAUUACGUUUUUAAGAGCUCAUUAAAAGUGUCUUUAAUCAAAAUCUAAUGUUACAAGGCUACCUGACUGCCUGUCUGUUCCUAACAACUAUAGAAAUAAACAUUUUAUAAGCAGCAUAAACAGGAGCUCAAAUGCAUAAAAUGAACAUACGAUGUGCAGCUUUCAUGCACUCAUCCUGUGGGACUGCGAGGCAACACAGCAUUUAAUACCUUGCAAUAAUCAUCAGUAAUUUCACCUUACAGCUCAGCUCCUUAAACUUUUAAACCAUGGCCUCCUUUUAUAUUUACUAUCUGCCUAUUAUGGAAAGAUAAUACAUGAAUGGAUCUGACACAGUAUACUGCUUGCUGGGGUGUUUGGUGUUUGGUGAAUUUUCCCCUCAGUGUUACUGAAUAUUCACGAAUUGUACCACCAGCUGCAAUUCUAACUGUGUGAGGGGGGACAGUUUGGGUGUUUGUUAUUAAGGCACUGGAUAUCAGCAGUGUUUCUUGUUCUGUUUUAUUUCAUGGCCGUUUUAAAUAAAGCAUACUGCUGAACUGUUA